AAAACUGACGUGACUGCUAAACUUGUGGAGGAUGUAUUACACAAAACAAAAGAGUAUCUUCAGCCCAAUCCAGCUGCCAGAGCUAGGCUAUCCAUGCAAGGGGCUGUCCAGAAGGUGCGCGGAGAAGCAGCAGCUUUUAAAUAUCCACAACCAGAAGGAUCUCUUGGUGAAACUAUGGUGAAGAGUGGACAGGAUUUAGGAGAUGAUUCCUCAUUUGGUCAGGCAAUUGUUGAGACUGGAGAAACGUUUCAUCAGUUAGCAGAAGUUAAAGACGCAUUGGAUAACACUGUGAAACAGUCUUUCUUAGAUCCACUAACACUACUAGAAACCAAAGAUAUUAAAGAAAUUAUGCACCAUCGGAAGAAGAUGCAGGGCAGGAGACUUGAUUUUGAUUGUAAGAAAAGGAAAGGAAACAAACUUCCAAUCGAAGAACUCAGGAUUGCAGAAGAAAAGUUUGAAGAAUCUAAAGACCUAUGCUUGAGCAGUAUGAUGAAUCUCCUGGAAAAUGAUGUGGAACAAAUUAGCCAGUUGUCAGCAUUAGCWGAGGCAGUUCUUGACUACCACAAUCAAUGCUCGUCUAUUAUGCAGAACCUUGUUACAACACUCAAGGACAGAUUAUCUGAAGCUGCAUCCAAGCCACGAAGUGAAAGGAAACAAAUCAGCCGCAAGUAUAGUGACGAUGAAGAUAAUACCAGUGUUGGUAGCGGUGGAGGUGGUGCAGCAGCAGCAUUUACCACACCCUCCCCUCCCCCACCACAGUCUAACCAAUCCCAACAAAAAAGAUAUAAAGCUAUAUAUGACUUUGAACCAGAAAAUGACACUGAACUUGGAUUCAAUGAGGGCGACAUCAUUAGUGUUACUGAGAUAAUUGAYGAAAACUGGAUGGAGGGAACAUUAGAUGGAAAAACAGGCCUGUUCCCUUCUAAUUAUGUUGAAUCAGUCUAAGAAGACUAGGUUUUUAGUGAUAAUARUAAUAGUGUUACAGCAAUUCAUUUUAAGAUCAAAACAACUAAAAUUUAAUUGGAAGGUAGUUGUUGGUGAAAAAUGUGUAAUUUCAGAAAAUAUUCAUACCUUCCACAAUAGAAAAUUAGUGACCUUUAGAUCUGACGACGAGUACAAGAUCGAGUGUGAGUUUUAAAGUUGGUUCUGUGCACGUGGUUAACACUAAAUCGUAGUCGAUUCCCGAUUUUUCACAAUGUAAAGUUUCAAUCUAGGUACACGAUCACGACUACAAAAAGAUAGUGCCUCUCUUUAAAAGUUAAAAACUGGUACUAGUACGCGUUCUAGUACUCGUCGUCGCAUCUAAAGGUCUCUAAUGAUACAUUCCUCCAACCCCUAAAUACCCAGAAGUUUAUAUGAUUUUUGUUCUUCUAUUGUUCUAAGACCAAAAAGGCAUAUUUGGCAAAUAUAAGASCAGAACUUAUUUUCUAAGGUUUAUAGCAUGUAAAGUAUCCUUGUUGUGGUGGUGGUAGUAUCGACACCUAAUAAAGGGAACAGAAUUARUGCUGCAGGUCCAUGCCACCCUCAAGCCCUCCCCACCCCUUACGAAUUUUCAUCAGUGCAGUGGGACAGGGUCRCGAAGGGGGUACUUCCUACACCAAAAUCCUGCGUCCCGUGAAAAAUCAAAAAUCCGGGGAAAAAUCAAUAAGAAAGCAAAAUYCCAAAUCCCAGGCAUUGAAUUUGGCAAUUUCAGAGUAACAGCUGAUGUAAAUUGAAUAUCCGGAAUCAUGUAAGAGUUUUUUCUAGUUUCCCAGAUCCUGUCCUAUAUUUUAUCUGUUUCCCAGCUUCUGGGAAUACCCURCCAGACCCUGUGAGGAGGUAUGGAUAAUUUCUGAUAUAUAAUAUGAUUCUAUAAUGGGAAUGUAUACGUGCUAUUCAUAUAUAACUAACUGAAGAUUCAAAAACAGAAUUUAUCAUGUCGAUARCAUUUGUAAAUUUGGUAUUGCCGUAAAAUGUUUGAUUACAAAACAGAUAAAUACUAUAAACAUGAAUAAUAUGGUAUAUUCAAGAAUAGAAACUAAGGAAUACCCUCAAAAGUGGGGCAGCUUAUAUUUAGAAAAUGAGUGGACYAGCAUAUGGGUGUGUUUAACAAACUAAUAAAUAAUUAAUGAGUGAAACAAUAGAAAUCAUGACCAUGAAGAGGUUUUAUAAUAGGCCCUUUGCAGUUCAGUAAUCACGUGCUGAUUAAUUCACUGAGAGCAAAUGAAUGAACAUCUUGAUUCCCAUGGGUGGAAUAUACAGCUGUUGAGCAAACAAAAUUUAUACAACCUGUUUUGAGAGAUCGAACGCACUGCUUACACAUUGUUUCAAUCAGUUCUUUACAAGUAGCUAAAAAGAAUCGCCAAUUUAAAAUGGGAUAACAAAAUUUGCUCACCAGUACAACCACGUGACCGUUAACUGCAAAGGGCCUAUUCUGAUACAGAAUCAUGUUCAUUUGCAUAAACUUUAACUUGGACUUUCUUGGGCAGAUUUACUUUUAUCUUGAAAAUUUUAGUGAAACACAAAAGAACUAACCUAGACCUUUGUUAACAAUAUACAAUAUUUGUAUCCGUGAUGUAUAUGAUGUAUAAACUUGCCUAUGCCUUGAGUUUAUUAUCACAUACAACAUGGCCACUCGUACUGUAUAUAUUACAUAAAACCUUGAUUUUAGGGGUCUGAAACUUUAAGAUUUAGUGGAUAUCAGUGAGGAGUGGAGAAAAUAAACCCCUACCUCCCCUCCCUAAUUUCCUCUAAACUUAGGUUAUUGGGAAGGAAGACAAGGCAGACAGCUGCAGUUAAAACCUAGGACAGAAAAUAUACCUCAAAUAAAUUCCUUGUAUCUGUAAAUACAGUAAAAACCUGCGAAUAAUAAGUUAGCCUAAAAAGGUUCUUAGAGUGAAGUCAUUAAACCCGUGAAAUAGACAUUAGACUAACACAUGUGUGUCUAUUUGACUAUUACACAUUGACUAGUAUUUUUUAUUUCACGAGUUAAAUGCCUUCACUCUAUAUAAAUGGUGUUUACUUAAAAAUUAGGCUUUUAAGGUUCUGAAAUAGGUUCUAAUUUUCUCAAGAAAAGAGCUACUCAUC